AUGGCGUCUGCCGCACGCCGCGCCACGCCGCUCAGUCCUUCACCCUCGCCCGAGCCGCAGGACGGCGCCGGUGCCUCGGCUGCCGCGGCUGCUGCUGCCGGAGCCAGCAGCGACGCUCAGCGCCCGCCGUCGCCGCCGCCCGACGCCAACGAGCGCGCGCGCCGCCAGCUCGAGACGGCCACGCGCGCCGCCGUCGAUGCGCUCUACCAGCUCGCCGUGUGCACGGCCGAUGUGCACGAGGGCCAGGAGGGCCUCGUCGGCGCCAAGAUCAACUCCGUCGUCGCGGCGCUCGGCAACGUCUCGGCCACCGGCUCGUCGUCCGAGCUCACCGCCAUGGUGCCCGACGACGUGAUGGGCAUGAUCGACCAGGGCCGCAACCCCGACGCGCACACGCGCACCUUCAUCAGCCGUCUCGUCGCCGACAACCAGCAGAUGGCGUCGAUGACGAUGGCGCUAGACGCCUAUCACGACCGCCUCUCCGAGUCGCUCUCGCGCGCCUUUCCUGAGCUCGCCCAGCCCAUCGCCCAGAUGCGCGACGGCGAGGAGGGCCAGACGGCAGCCGGCACGUAG